GGCCCACUGCGUGGCCUGCAAGAGACAGGGGUCGAUUGGAUGUUUUUUUCUGGCAGCCUCGUCUUCAGCCCAAACCCCGCCUCUCUUUCGAUCCCACCUCACAGUUACAACUCUCCCCUUAGCAAAGGAACGUUGAUAUCGAGCGUGUCGCAUCAUGAAGCAGCUCUACCACGAAGACUACACGGUUGGAUGGAUUUGCGCCCUGCCUUUGGAGAGGGCGGCGGCGGCGGCAAUGCUGGAUGAAACCCAUGAGACGAUUGCUCAGCCAUCCUCAGACAAUAAUGCUUACACUCUGGGAGCCAUCCAUGGACGAAAUGUUGUCAUCGCUUCUCUUGCAGCUGGUGUGUAUGGGAUAUCCUCUGCAACUGCCGUUGUAAUGCAGAUGAAGGCCACUUUCCCCAAAAUCGAAUAUGGAUUGAUGGUCGGCAUCGGUGGGGGAGCGCCUGGGGGCAGCACCGAUAUCAGACUGGGGGAUAUUGUGGUUAGUCGGCCAACAGGUUCAUCGCCAGGGAUCGUUCAAUAUGAUUUCGGCAAGAUAGUUGGCGAUGGGAAGUUCGAAUCCACUGGCUUCCUGAACAAACCACCGUCGUACCUGCUGAAUGUGAUUGGGAAGAUAGAGUCGGAGUACCAUAUGGGCGUCAGACGAAUUCCAGCGAUUCUAGCAAAUGCGCUACAGUCAAAACCAGCAAUGAGAUCCUAUUUCUGCCGGCCAGAGGCACCGGAGGAUGAACUGUUUGAAUCAGAAUACGAGCAUAUCAACAGCGGAGAGACUUGUGAUCAUUGUGAUCGAGGUCGACUCAUAACAAGGAAGGCUCGGCCAUUUUCUGAGCCCUAUGUGCACUACGGCCUCAUUGCCUCGGCCAAUAGCCUCAUGAAGCACGGAAUGACGAGAGAAAAAUUGAGAAAAGAAAAGAAUAUUCUCUGUUUCGAAAUGGAAGCUGCAGGCUUGAUGGAUCAUCUCCCGUGCCUUGUGAUCCGGGGCAUCUGCGACUAUUCUGACUCCCAUAAAAACAAAACCUGGCAGCACUAUGCAGCGGGAACUGCUGCUGCGUAUGCAAAAGAAUUACUGGCAUCUGUUCCGUUGCCAGUGCCCAUGCCGUAUGGAACCAGAGCCGAUCCUGGGUCUAGGUCCUCGGACGAGCAGGAAUGUCUUCGCAAGCUGUUUCAAGUUGACCCAUACGAGCAUAAAAGUGCUCUUAAACGACGCAGAGGCAAUCGAGCCCAUGGUACCUGUGAAUGGAUUAUAGACAAGGUGCAAUUUCAAACCUGGCUCGACGUGCCCGAUCCAGAAGAUCAGAGAAAACUGGAAGAUGAUGGGAAUCCCAACCCCAGCAUCCUCUGGCUUCACUGUGCCCCUGGGACGGGAAAGUCAACAUUGGCUAUCACAUUAGCGGAUGAAUUGCCCAAAAGAGCUUCUUUUUAUCUGACAGGAAAGACCCUGAUGUAUUUCUUCUGCGAGGCCGGUUCAUCGGACCACAGAACUGCUUCGGCGGUAUUGCGAGGCUUGCUGUAUCAACUUGUUCAGCAGCAUCCUCGACUGCUGACGCAGCUCACGAAGAAAUACAAGGAGCGCGAUAAUCUCUUCGGCUCUUUUGACUCCCUGUGGAGAAUUCUAAUUGAGCUAGGCCAGGACAGUACUACAGGCGACAAGUUCCUGAUUAUUGACGGAUUAGAUGAAUUGGAAGACUCCUCACAGGAAGACUUGCUCAGGCAAAUCCACCAAACUUUUGCUUCCUUUGAUGAGGCCCUUUCCAAAAUACAUUUUCUGAUAAUCAGCAGGCCAUAUCUAAACAUCAGGGAGGAACUGGAGAUAUUCCCCAACACAGGGCUAUCUUCCUUUGGCGAGUCCCAAGAGGACAUAAAGAAAUUCAUCCGAGAGCAGGUCUCGCAGCUACAAGUGAAGAAACGCUACACAAAAAAGACCUGUGAUCAAGUGUCAGAAAUUUUGAACAAGAAGGCCGAGGGCACCUUCGUGUGGGUUGGCUUGGCCUGCAAAGAGCUGAUGCGUGUGCCACAGCGUGAUGCUCUAGCAACACUGAGCCAUUUACCCACCGAGCUGUAUUCCUUAUUCCGUGUCAUCGUUGAGAAGGAUUUCCAACAAGCUCAGUCCGUCGAUAAACUUCAAAGGAUACUAGAGAUAGUUGUCGUUGCAGAAGAAGCCUUCUCAAUUCACGAUUUAACCCUUGUGUGUCGUUUUGACGAGAACGAGGAACUGGAAGAGCGCAGAGCUUUCAUAAGGGAAGAUGUCAACACGUGUGCCCUGCUCAGUAUCGGUGAGAAUGAACGAGUUGCCUUCAUCCAUACGACAGCGAGAGAAUUUCUUCUGGAUCCACGGAAUGCAGACAGCUUCUUUGUCGAUGAGAAAGCAGCACACGCCUUGUUGGCCCAUCGUCUCAUUGAGUACAUAAUCCAUGCCCCGCGAAGGCCCUAUAUGGUACGGAAUGACUCCUUCCAUAGAUAUGGCACAUACUAUUGGGUUCAGCAUGUUCGACAAGCCGCAGACCUAUUUCGGAUAACACAUGAGACCAAGGAGUUUUUCGACAUUGAAUCUCCAGCCAGGGAGUUCUCCAUGAGAUGCUUAAGGAAUUUGAGUAAUUCUUUGAAUAGGAAGCCUCUGGAGUACUCAAUAUUUCAUAUAAUAGCCUUUUGGGGACUUCUGAGCAUAGGGGAGUACUUGCUUCCCGAAGGAUCAAAGUAUUGCGAC